ACGAUUUUUCUUUCCAAGUUCGCAGUUAUCUUGAAAGCGAGUUCCCACUUCCUUGAUGUUUUGAAACCAGCAUUAUUAGUGGCGUUUUCACAUAUUCAUUAUUGGUUUCUAAACAGGUGGUGAGGAUUCUAUACCACCUACGAAAUGAUUAUCUUCAGGAUUAGAAAAUGCCUUCUAACCACUGUUCUACUCUGCAUCUUUACUAUCAUUGUGUUUUAUUCUGGACAGCAAUCCUCCAAUUCAUUUGUGAAUUUUGUAAAAAAUGCCCUUGGGCCGCAGGACGAUAUCUUCUCACCACCGCCGGACGACGACCCAUGGUUUCAGAAGCGCUUCAUCAGAUCUAUCAAACUAUUUCUGACGAGAGAGAACAAGAAACUCUCCGAUGAUACCAGAACGUGGUGGCGGGAAAUCCAGAAUGACAGUAGCACAGCCAAAUUCAGCGAGGUGGUGGAGAAGUUGUUCCAGGUCAUCCCUGAUGCUGACCUCCACAUGGAUGCGGGCCAUCAGCGCCAUGGAAGCUGUGCUGUGGUGGGGAACUCUGGGAACCUCAAGGGUUCCCACUUCGGAGCCCUCAUAGACUCCAGUGACGUCGUCAUAAGAAUGAACAAGGCUCCUACCUCUGGCUAUGAAGAGGAUGUUGGGAAACGGACCACGUAUCACAUCAUGUACCCAGAGAGUUCAGUAGAUCUGGACAAAGCCACUAGGUUCCUGUUGAUCCCUUUCAAGACUCUGGACCUUCAGUGGCUACCAGGAGCCAUGACCACUGGGUCUCACAUCACUUUGUCAUAUUUACCACUUAGACAGAAGAUGAAGGCCAACAAAGAUUUGCAGGUAUUGGUUCUGAAUCCUGUGUUUAUGAAAUAUGUUCAUGAAAACUGGCUUGACUAUCAGGGCAAAUACCCCUCCACUGGAUUCAUGGCUUUGAUAUUAUCCCUACACAUCUGUGACAAGGUGAAUGUGUAUGGAUUUGGGAAAGACAAAGAUGGGAACUGGCACCACUACUGGGAAACCCUAGUCGAUAAAAAUCUCCAAAGUGGACUACACGAUGGAAACUACGAGUACAACGUCAUCAUGAGGCUCUCAGAAAUACACAAACUACAGCUAUUUAAGGGAUUUCGCUUAUAAUUCAUAAAGAUAAUUUCCCUUACAGCUGUAUAUACACUAUAAAGAGCUUUUUAUUAAAGCGGAUUAAUCAAAUAGGCGUUAGCCUAUUGUCUACAUUGCACAGCAUUUACGUACUCAAAUACCUUAUCCUUUUAUCUGCACUACCAUUUUUGGUUUUGUGUGAACUUGAACAAUGUGGGGCCAUAUUUAUGAACUUUGGCUUAGACCAUGGUUUAACUAUUGGUCUAAAAUGGCUAGCUGUUAGCUUUUCUCAUAGGCCAACCUGGCCAAAUUAGCCACGAUGCUGAGGACGGCCAGCAGAUAAUUAUAUCCAAUAACAAAUUCCAUCUUGGCCAGUUUAAAAUUGCCAUGACCCAAUGCCUUUUUUUCACUAAUGCAUCCUUAACAGAAGUCCACCGGCACGUUCUGAUACUCAAAUUAACUGCAUCGCAUGCAAAAAUCUGUCUGGACAAUAUUCACCACCUGUGUAAGUAUGAAUCUCCCGUGUUAUCAUUUUUCUGUUUCAACAUGUGAAUUUACAUUCAUUGUGGUAUUGUUAAGGAAACUACCGCCAUCACCUUAAAAAUGAAGCCUAAGAAUGAAUUUCAUAAAGCGCUAGGCCUACGACUUCAGCCUUCACCAGCACUGCUACUAGGGCCUAAUAAUAUCUAAGCAUAUGAGGCUGCAUGGAUGUGUGCACUAGACUACUUUAGUUUUAUUUAUUUAACCAGGUAGGCAAGUUGAAAACAAGUUCUCAUUUACAACUGCGACCUGGCCAAGAUAAAGCAAAGCAGUUUGACAACAUGAAACAACAUGGAGUAAAACAAACAUGCAGUCAAUAAUACAGUAGAAAAAUAAGUCUAUAUACAAUGUGAGCAAAUGAGGUGAGAUAAGGGAGGUAAAGGCAAAAAAGGCCAUGGUGGCAAAGUAAAUACAAUAUAGCAAGUAAAACACUGGAAUGGUAGAUUUGUAGUAGAAGAAAGUGCAAAGUAGAAAUAAAUAAUGGGGUGCAAAGGAGCAAAAUAAAUAAAUACAGUAGGGGAAGAGGUAGUUGUUUGGGCUAAAUUAUAGAUGGGCUAUGUACAGGUGCAGUGAUCUGUGAGCUGCUCUGACUACAUGUAAGUUAGGGCUACAAUGUUUUUAUAAUCAUUAUCUAGCCUACCUUUGUUUAACAGUGUAAAGUGGCUGGUCUGGCUAGGUUCACCAAGUGUCCAGUAAAGGGCGAAGCUACUCCAGAAAUCCGCUGAGGUGAAGCCUAGCCUCAUGGCUUCACUAUUUAUGAAGCCCAUUCAAUAAGCGACUGACUGACUGCUCUCCUAUUCUGUAACACAUGCUAUUGACUGACUGGCUUAGCCUAUAUAGACAUUCAGAUCGACAAUAGAGCCAUCUUCAUUGUCAUGGACGUGUUAUUUUCUGGGCUAACAUAUAUCAACACGAUAGCCUAUUGCCGGUUUAAAUAGCUAUUUAAAGCAAAAUGGUGUUGAUAUAGGCAAGCCUAGCCUACUAUAGUUUAAAUGUUACACGUAUUCACCCCAGAUAGUGUCCUCCUAACUAUAACCUAUUGCAAAUGGGACUUUAGUUUAGCCUACACUUCAAAUAUUUAUUAGGCCUACACUAAUUCUGGUUGUAUUGUGAAUCGAAGAGCAGGAAACGCAUAGUAAAUGAACAUUAAAGGAGCUUGGAGUCACUCCGACUGAAAGGUUAUAGGAGAGGCCCAAAAAUAUUACAAAUAUUAGUCACUACAAUGAAUAUAGGUGAAAUUACAUAAUGUGUACACUUAAUUGUAUAAGGUUUUUAUAUGCAUUUUGAUCAUCGGCUGCUUCGUCACAUUUGCGUUAUUUUCCUCGGACCAGCAGUGGAGGGUUUUCUCCUUAUAAAUAAUAUUGCCCCGAAUGGGCUUCAUACUCACAGCCCAUAUUUUAUUUUACCUUUAUUUAACUAGGCAAGUCAGUUAAGAACAAAUUCUUAUUUUUAAUGACGGCCUAGGAACAGUGGGUUAACUGCCUUGUUCAGGGGCAGAAUGACAGAUUUCUACCUUGUCAGCUCAGGGAUUGGAUCUUGCAACCUAUCGGUUACUAGUCCAACGCUCUAACCACUAGGCUACCUGCCGCUGACACCAUGGAUCACUUUAGUGGAUCACUCCACCACUCCGGGCUAGCAGUAGUGGGUAAAUUACUGUGAGGGUUAUCGCCUUUUAAUUUUGUAUUCAGACAUCGUAACAUGUUAUAUAAUCCUCCUACUUUUUUCAGUGAAAGUAUAUGGAUGUGUGUUUAAAUGGAUGAGCAAAAAAAUGUAUUAAUUUUGUAGGACGUCAGCCUAGUCAAGGAAGUAACCUAGUCAAAGAAGCAUCAGGCAAAAUAUAUAUAUAUAUAUAUAUAUAUAUAUACUACUCAAAAAAAUGAAGGGAACAC